AGAACUGUUCAGCUGCCGCCGGUCUGUUAGAUCAGCUGAUCACCUCAUAGCAAGGACCAAAACAGCUAACGCUAGCUUAACCUAGAUGGUGGCGAAAAGUUAUGACAGGACAUGACUGUGUGACACGGUAGGAUAUUAAUCAGAAGUUCAUUUCAGCAGUACUCUUUUGGUCGUCUAGGACAAUAUUUCCGUGAGUGUUUUGGAGACACAGCUCUGCUUCGUCUAGCUAGUGCGUCAGUGGCAGAAGCUAACAGGCUAACUCACCUAAACGUGCAGAUCGUGGCUUUGGUGAGGAAUUGAGAGCUUCUGGCCACCAACCAGAUUGAAAGCUUUAAUUGAAGACUAACUAUGCCUUACCUCUAAGAAUGGGAGGAAGUGGAUCCAAAGCCAAAGGAGUCUGGCCUUUCUCAGGCAGUGGAGCUGGAGGUGAUUCAGCCAGUGAUGGGAACGAGCAGUCUUUGGCCCGUCUCAAAGGUUCAAGAAAUGCAACACCAUUUGUUUUUACCAGGAGGAGUUCUUUAUACUACGAUGAGGACGGUGACCUUGCCCAUGAAUUCUAUGAGGAGACAGUGGUGACAAAAAAUGGUAGAAAAAAAUCCAAGUUGAAGAGGAUCCAGAAAAAUUUGAUUCCACAGGGAAUCAUAAAGCUCGACCACCCCUGUAUACAUGUAGAUUUCCCCAUCGUCCUCUGUGAGGUGUGAACCAUUGCACAGGGCUGAUCUACUAUGAGGUGCAGCCACAGGUACUCAUUUCAGAGCAAAGUCUUUUUCCAACCAGGAUCGAGACUGAAACUGUGGUCUGGAGAGAAAGAGGAAAAUUCAAACUGUCAUAUUCAAUUGACAUAUUGAAUGAAAUGUUAUACAUUUGAAUUCAGCUAUGGUCAGAGUGUCCUCUUUACUAAAAUCCAUAUUUUGAUAUUCACAAAAGUAGUGAUGGUACAGGUUGUGUUUCCACUACCCAGCUGAUAUGUAAGCAGUUUUAGAGAAUACAUCAAAUUAAGUUGUAUUUCUCUUGUGAGUUUUUUGCAGGGAAAAACAUCCUUGAUGUGAAAAGGCUGGAACGGUUUAUGCCUUCCGCGAGACAUAGAGUGUUAGACUCUGUAUGUAUCUUUGUAUAUGUACAUGUGUGCACUUAGGUUUGUUUGAGUCAAUGUGUGAAAGCGGGAUGGAAGAUGUAAUUACAGGGUAGGAAAAUGAAGGAUUGUGAAAUUUAUUGUAUAUAUGGUCACGUUCUGUAUUGUCAUGUCUGAGUGUGUCUCAGUUACCGGAGCUCAGACCUGCACUAGUGAACAUAAUGUACUGUAAAUAAUUUCAGAUUUCUUAGUUGGAAAUACUUGAAUAAAUGGUUUACUGAGCUGAA